AUGUUGAAACCCUUCCAUUUGAAAAUCUCUUUCAAUGCUUCAAAGUUGCCUGAAUCAAAGUCGGCACCAGAUUUUCGUAGUGAAGUAGCAAUUACUUCUGGGUCAACAGUUAUUAAAGAUCCUUCUGCCGUUUCUAUUCCCAAUCAGGACGAUCUGGGAGCAUCGCCUUCCGCUCAUGAGGAUGCUGUAAUUGAGCAGAGCAGUAGUAAAUCAGAGGAAGUAUUUUAUGAAAAGAAUGUACCAAAGCAGCCGAAUACUUACCUUCAGCAGCAUAAUGGAUGCAGUCGAGGAGAAAACAACGUGCAAAAUGACACGGAAAAAUUCUCCCUUGGACAUGUCCAAUUUUCCUCAGCCGAGAUACAACCACUUUUACACACUCCUGGACCCACACCCCCUUUAUAUGCAACGGCUGCGGCAUCUUUGGGUACUGGAAACCCAUUUUAUCCUAAUCUAAAUCCUUCUGGCUUAUAUGUUCCAAAGUACAGCGGAUAUGCUUUGGGUUCUGCAUUUCUUCCCCCAUUUGUAUCUGGAUAUCCAACUCAUUCUGGUUUACCCAUGCAUUUUAAUGCCAGUUCUGGACAAAGUUAUGGCGGUCAAAAUGCUGUAGUUCUGACAAGGGAAAGCAUCCCGAAAGGUAGUGAUACACAGAAUAUCGAAAAGUUUUAUGGACAUGGACAAAUGAUGCGUCCAUCCUUCCCAAAUCCUCUUCCAAUGCAGUAUUUUCAGCAUUCUCUAGAAGAUGAAUAUGGUGCUCCAGGGCAGUUUGGCCGUCUACCAUCACUAGGUGUGAUUCGAGGCCAAGCUGAUUAUUUUGCUUCUCUGAGAGAUCCGACCAGAAUUUCCUGUCAAAACAAAAUGUGA